UCUCCGUUCUGGAUAGUUCGGCUAAAUUAUCGAUUCGUCAUAUUUCCUGUGUCCGAAAUCGUCCAAGAUUGUUCGAUAUCAUCGUCAAUGUUUUUUAUGAAAUGACAGACGGAAUUUUAAUAACAUCUUUCGUCUAUGGUACGACUCAGAGAGGCGUUGUCCUCCUGGCGGCUGGAUGGUCGUCCUGGGUCCAUCGAAGCUACGCUGAGCUCUUCGACGCCGGGACAGCUUUACGCCGGUAUAGACGUGCUGGGGAAAAUCGUCGUGUUUUCCCCGUGGGCUCACUCUCCCCCUCGUAUAAACGAAGGUUUGGAGAGCGUGCCUCCCCUAAUUUAUGGCCGAGAGACAAGGGAAAAAGAAACACAUUGGAAGAAGUAAAAGGGAUGAGAAGAAGAGAAAAAGACAAAAAUUUCAGGGAAUCUUGUGUUAGGAGGCUCACGAUACAGCGGUCUGCAACCAUAUUUCAUCUCGCACGCGUUCUACCCGCGUGUCUUGUUUUCCACCAUCGAAGGGAUGCUGGGAUAAAAGAAGUAAAAGUUGAGAAGAGGAUGAGGACGAUGACAACGAGAACGUCUGGCCAUUCCAUUCGUAUCGCGAGCACGUGCUGGCCGAGGUUAAUUUCAAGAAACGAAUGUCACUUCUUAAAACUCUUGGCCGUACUCAUAAUCGGCAAUGAUACUAUUGCUAUUGCUGCUGCUACUGCUGCUACUGGCACCAUAACGCCGUUGCAACGGCAACCAGUUAUACGUACGCGCACGGUCCGUCGUGAUCGUUUCUCCGACGUAUUGCCUCCACUUCGGCGGUUUCGAGAAAGACGGCUGGGAACUGUCGCAGCCUCUUUCGAUUACGGAUCACGUCUUGACCGCACCUCGUCCCGAUGAAUCCGACUCGAGAAGCAGACGGACUCGCUGACCAACCUACCGUGAAGGAGCUUGAUUGUCCAUAUUGUCCAAGCGUGCUAAGUUAUGGAGAUUCCUAAUGCUAACCCGGCCGACCCUAAUCCGUCUCGUAGCUCUGUGAGCCGGAAGAUCCAGAUUUUCCAAUGUUCUGAAUCGGCCACGUCGAAGUACGAAUUCAAAGGAACAGAUACUUUUUGACAAGUAUGAGGUAUUAUUUAUUUUUUUUUUUUUUUUUUUACGAAUAAAAAAGGAUAUCGUGUAAGGUGAUGACACGAGAUGAAGAUGCAGUCGCGUCUUUACCUUACGAAGAACAAUGGUUUCGAUCGAGAUGAGAAGGAAAGAGGGAGGAUGGACGACCGUGGUUGACAACCCUUUAUCAAGUACGACGGCUCGUUUAGGUACAGCGGAAGCUAAAUGGACGAGCGGCUCGGAUGAACGGUAGAGGGGCACGCAAUAAAGGGGUAGUGUCGCGAGAUAAUUGGAAGCUACGGCUGUCCUAGAUGGACGUAAAGGCGAGGAAGAGAUUCUAAUGCAGAGCUCGCCCGUGUCUGCCGACUUGCACGUCCACGAUUGCACCUAUUGUUAUUGGCUUUGGAAUUUACGACGUUACUAUAAGAAACUUUUCUAUGAGAUCAGUUUAAACUUUAGUAUUCUGUUAAAUAUUAUAUAAUGAAUAAUAGACACCGUUACGAAUAAUAGAAACAUAUUGAAAUAGAAUUAGAAUAGAUUCAUCGAUUAAUCUCGUUACAGAUAGAAUAUAUACAUAUAUACAUGUACACACACACACACACACACACAUAUAUGUAUAUAUAUCUAGUUGAAGGUUACAUUUCAUAUCUACAUAAAUAUAGAUUCAUCAUAAUUUUGUAAUACGUUCAGAAGGUUCAGUUCAUCAAGAACGCAUAAUUUCGAAUGAAUGAGAAAAAAAAGAGAGAGAGAGAGAUGAGUUUUAAAUUCUAUUGGACCGAUCUUCUAUAACUUUCUGCAAUUGAAAACGCAUGUUUUUGCGUUGAUGUAAUGGCGGAAACUUAUUCUAUAUCCGUAUAGAAGUUAUAUAAUACCUAAUGAGGGUUGUGUGUAGCUUGUUAUCAGUGAGCUGGUACGAGGUAAUAUUCAGUCUGGGAGACCGAACGUUCAAAUAUAGUGCCUACAAAAUCGAUCCUUCUCCUGAGUUCAACCAUUGAAUAUGGUAUAGGUAUUCAUUCAUGGAAGUUCUAUAGUACGAGUUAAGGAAAUCCAUAAAAUUCACUUCGUCUACUAACGUCUACAUUAAUCUCUCGUAGAUGAGCACGUUGUAGAAUAGAUCAGAUAGAAAUGCAAUUCUCUUAACAUUUUGUCUGUAUAAAUCGUCUUGUCCUAGUAUAGUUUAUGUUCUUCGUUUUCACGUAUAUCUUUAGAUUUAUAUUUGUAAUAUGUUUCUUUAAUAUGUGCGUUUUAAUAAAUAUUAGAUUUUAAUAUUACUUCUUAAUGUAUGAUUU